ACCUUUCUCUCUUUUCCUCUCUCUUACACAGACUCACUCCGCUCAUCAAUCCUUUACUUAUUCUUCAUAGCGAAUUUAUGAGCUCAUAAUUUUCUUUCAGCACAUGCAUUGUCCCAGAGACUGACCAUUCUCAGCGGCUUUGACCAUGAGUGAGCAACACGACGCUCAUAUGGGAGGCGUUUCCCCAGGCAAGGCGCAUGCAGAACUUGAAGUUGAUGCCAGCAAUAUUAUAACCUCGACAAAGGAUGAAGAGCGGGCUUCGAAGAGACUUAAGGUUAACGAUUCGAUCCCGUCACAAUCUGUCCCAGGAGAGGAUUUGCACGAUGCACCCGCUCCUAAGGAGAAUGAGCAAUCCACAAAUGGCGACAAGGAGAAUGAGGUCUCGAGACCACAGCCGGACCCCAAGACCGAGUACGUUGAUGGGCGCAACAAGGGAGUUGCCCCUAUCAAGAAAGAGUAUCUUGUAGACAUGUCAAUUCAGAAAGAUGCGUCCGAUGAUGCUGUGAACGACGAUGACGAUGCUGAGGCACGUGGCACUGCCGAAGGAAAUGCUGAGAAUGGCGAUCGAAAGCCAGGCAAGGGAAAGAAAGAGAAGAAGAAGAAGAAGGGACAGAACACAGAGCGCGAUUUUGGCAAAUUUGACGAUGCCUUUCGUCUUUGCAACAGUCGAGCCUUCUAUCCCGAGUUUUCUCCCAGAGAAUGCAAGUUUGGUGACCGAUGCAGACUCUGCCAUGAUAUUCGAAAGUAUCUUGAGGAAGGCCGCCGAGGUGAUGUUGAGACUUUCGAAGGCAAAUGUCCCGUGUUCGAGGCACAUGGCCACUGCCCUUCGGGCUGGAAGUGCCGUUUUGUUAAGAGCCACAUGAAGGAAAUCGAGCACGAAGACGGCCGAAAAGAGCUGGUGCUCAUGAGCACUUCAGCAAAAGGCGGCGAGAACGGUGAGCCUAAAGAUGAAGGAUCCGAGGAGCAGCGACCUUCUAUUUUCAACGUCGUCAACAUGGAUAAAAAAAUUGACCUCAACCGCAAGCGGACCGACUUUACACGAUCUGACCAGUACAUCACUUGGCUCAAUAAGGAAGCCAAGCUGAGCGAAGAGUUUAUGAAUCGUCGCAAGAAUCAGUCUACCGAGGGCAUCGAAGAUCUACGUGCCCGCUUCGUCGACCCCCCCUUUAAGCCUUCUGAGAAGCGCCGUCUCUAUUUCGGUCAAGAGACCCCAACCCUGGCACCUCUCACCACCCAAGGGAACUUGCCCUUCCGUCGACUCUGCGUCGAGCUUGGAGCCCAGCUCACAUACUCGGAGAUGGCAUUGAGUAUGCCCCUCAUACAGGGAACGAAGGCCGACUGGACACUUCUCAAGGUUCACGAGUCAGAGCUCUCACCUCCCAAGUUUAACCCAGGCUCUGUCCCCAUCUUUGAUGACUACGACCACUCUAAAGAUAUCAAGUUCGGUGCCCAGAUCUCCGGAAACAACCACUGGGUUGUUACCAAGGCUGCUGACGUACUGAAUCGUUAUUGCCCUCACCUUCGCCUCAUCGAUUUGAACUGCGGGUGUCCGAUUGAUAUGGUCUUCAAGUCUGGCGGUGGAUCGGCGCUUCUCGAAAACUCAGGCAAAUUGGAACGUAUGAUUCGGGGGAUGAACGCUGUGUCAGGGGAGGUCCCUAUCACAGCCAAGAUCCGCACUGGUAUCCGAAACUCCCGUCCUACAGCUACUCAGCUUAUUGGAAAACUGGCCUUUGGUGCACGAGAGCACCGAGAACGACUUGGUGCUCCUGGAUGUGCGGCCCUGACUCUUCAUGGACGCAGCCGUGAGCAGCGAUACACUAAGAAGGCCGACUGGGGCUACAUCAGCGAGUGCGCCGCGCUCAUCAAGACUUACAACAAGCAGAAGGACAACCUGAGUGACACCAUCGCUGAGCCCGAUGCCAGCAGCCUUCCUAAUGCCAAGGAUGGCCGCAUGUACUUCCUCGGUAACGGCGACUGCUAUUCGCACAUCGAGUACUAUGAGCACAUUGAGAAGGCUCGUGUCGAUACCGUCAUGAUUGGCCGUGGGGCUCUCAUCAAGCCUUGGCUCUUUGAAGAGAUUGAGAAGGGCCAAUACCUCGACAAGUCAUCUAGCGAGCGUCUCCGCUACAUCGAGAAGUUUGUGCGCUAUGGCCUUGAUGCCUGGGGUUCCGAUGAACUCGGCAUUGGAUUCACUCGCCGUUUCCUUCUCGAGUGGCUCAGUUUUACGCACCGAUAUGUCCCUAUUGGUUUGUUAGAGUAUCUCCCACCGUGCCUUAAUGACCGACCUCCCAAGUACGAGGGGAGAGAUGAGAUGGAAACGCUUAUGGCGUCUAACAACUUCAGGGACUGGAUCAAAAUCAGCGAGAUGUUCCUUGGCCCCGUCCACCCAACGUUCAAGUUCCAGCCCAAGCACAAAUCCAACGCGUACGAGGCCGAGGGUUGAACAACAAUUAAACAGCAAGACAUUAGACAGGCGGGCGGCGCAGAAGGGGACUUGUGAAUAAUUGUUUGAGGCGAAAAGGGUCGAUUUUUCGUGCGCAUAUUUGCUAUCUAGGAAACUGGGCAAAGAUAGCCACAAAGCAUGGAUGACUGGUAUCUGUAUAAAGGGUUCAAGAAGGAGGUCCUGUUUACAGGGGGAAACGGGGAUGUGAACCCGAAACUUGUGUCAUAACGAAAAGUCUGAUCUGGCAUCGAUCAGAUAAAUAUACACAGAACCACUGGGAAUGUAUUUCGACUCGGCGCAAGCUGUGGCGAGAUAACUAUGUUAUUGAGCAGUACUAUCAACUCUGAAAUCAACAAUGAUUAAAACUUCCAGGGUUUAACCCCUGGCUUAUCUUCGA